UUUUUAGCCGGCUAUGCUAACUGAGAGGAAAGUUGCCAUUUUGGAGAGAGAGAGAGAGAGAGAGAGUGUGUUCCGGUUCGGGGUAUUUACAGUCAUUAACUCUGGAGGUAAAGAGGAUGAGGUAAAAUGAGGUGUGUGAGGAGGAAAGUUGAGCAGCUGGAGCCAGGUGCCAUGUUGGCAGGAGGUGAGCGAACCAACCAAGGAGGAGAAGGCAGUGGCCAAAUACCUGCGCUUUAACUGCCCCACCAAGUCCACCAACAUGAUGGGCCACAGAGUCGACUACUUCAUAGCAUCUAAAGCGGUGGACUGUCUGCUCGAGUCCAAAUGGGCCAAAUCAAAGAAACCUGAGGAAGGUUUAUUCACCACCCGAGAGUCUGUGGUGGAUUACUGCAACAGGCUCCUGAAGAAGCAGUUCUUCCACCGAGCUCUGAAGGUGAUGAAGAAGAAACCGGAGAAAGACCCGAAGAAGGAGAAGGUGAAAGGCGACGGAGGCAAAGAGGAGGAGAAGAAAAGCAAGAAGGAGAAGGAGAAGAAGAAAGACGCUGAGGCCACAGACACCAAGAAAGAGAAGAGUGAUGAAAGUCCAGGAUCUCCAAAGAAGAAGAAGGAGGUUAAGAAGAAGUUUAAACUGGAGCCUCAUGAGGAUCAGCUGUUUCUGGACGGGAAUGAGGUGUACGUGUGGAUUUAUGACCCGGUCCACUUUAAAACCUUCGCUAUGGGACUGGUCCUGGUGAUUGCAGUGAUAGCAGCGACGCUGUUCCCCCUGUGGCCGGCGGAGAUGAGGGUGGGUGUGUACUACCUGAGUGUGUGUGCAGGCUGCUUCGUCGCCAGCAUCCUCCUCCUCGCUGUCGCUCGCUGUAUUUUAUUCCUGAUUAUCUGGCUGGUCACCGGGGGGCGCCAUCACUUCUGGUUCCUCCCCAAUCUGACGGCGGACGUGGGCUUCGUCGAUUCGUUCCGUCCCAUUUACACGCACGAGUACAAGGGCCCUAGGACGAGCGGGAAGAAGGGCACGGGGGAGAAGUCUGAGGGCAAGGGCACCAAGACGCAGAAAUCGGACAGUGAGGACAAAUCGGACGGCGAGAAGAAGGAGGAAGAGGAGGAAGAAGUGGAGGAGGAAGACGAAGAGGAGGCGGGGAAGGAGGCGGAGCGGCGCUCGGAUUCGGACAGCGAGCGCAGAGAGGACGAGGGCUCACAGCACAGCAACGGAAACGACUUUGAGAUGAUCACGCGCGACGAGCUCGAGCAGCACACUGAGGAAGAGGAGGAAGAGGAGGAGGAGGAGGGGCAAGAGGGAAAAUAGGCGGAGCCCAAACCACACUAGACGUAAACUGUGUAAACGUUCAUGAGAUUCGCCCAUCACAUCGCACGUUGCGAUCUUCCACUACACACACAGGGGUCAAAGGUCAACUACGCCAAGAGCUGGAACAUGGCGUCCGGCGGCCAUUUUGGAUUUUUGUUUCCUAGUUAAAAGAAUGAGUGUGUGUGUGUGUGUGUGGUUCUUUCUCUCUCUCUCUCUCUCCACACUGUCUGUUUACUGGUUGUGUAAUUAGCAUCGUGUGUGUGUGUGUGUGUGUGUGAGAGAGAGAGAGAGAGAGAGAGAGAUCACAUGACCUUAUGAUCAUCGUAGGCUGCUGUUCAGUUUGGACCAAUGUUUCUUCUUCGUGUGUGUGUGUGUUGUAAACGUCUCUCACACAUGCAUCUCCAGCAGGUUCUUUGACGUGAUCACAUGCCUAAACAUAAUCGUCAUCUUCCAAGCCCCGCCCACCUUUGGUAUUCCUCACCAUCGUCACGUCCCCACAAGGCUUCCCGCUCGAUCCUGUUGGUGGCUGCGAGAGCUCCGGAUGUAGAAAGAGUCCUUCUUUAGUGCCAAAUCUGCUGUUCUGGACUCCUCAUCUCUACGCAUGACUUCCUGUUUUUACAGUAAAUCAGUUUACAAAAAAAAAUUCAUACCAACAACAAAAAAAUCCCUCGUGUCUCAAAUAACACUUUAGUAUCAUGAGUACCAGUUACCACGGCAACUGAUCUACUGACUCCAUGUGGUUAUGUUCCAAACCACACUUGAUGGUGUUGGACACGUCGCCGAGUACGACGAGUUAUUUGAAUUUAUUUAGCUGUCGCAAUAGUUUCACUGAUUUCACACGCUUCCUGAUGAACCGCGGUUUAGCGGCUAAACUAAUGCGAGCAAACUAACACACACUAGCUAUCAUUUCAACAUUGGAAGUUUUUAUACGGUUUACUACCUCACUGGCUAAUCUCAGCUCGCUAUGCUAAUUACCGAACCUGUAAGCGCUAGCUAGCUUAGCUGUCAUUUAUUUAACGGAUAUCGAAUGUUGCGUCUGUUCCACAGACUUUUUCCCUGUAGGCUGGUAGCCGUGAUUCGUAGACGUAGCCAUUCAUGUCGCUUGUAGGCGUGGCCUUUCCAACAAUUUAACUUCUGAUGAGAAGCAGUAGUAGCUAUAUAGCGCUUCUAAAGCUCACUAGUUUAAAGGCAGAUUAAAUAAUCAGCGUGUGCAAUUUACGUUACAUGCUGUACCCGACACACCCCAACCAUCUGAUUCUCCUUUCAGUGAAAUCGCGGCUUUGUGUCGCUCAAACGCGUAGAAAAUAAACCGUGUCCUGCUCGGUGGCGUCGUGUGGAGAUCAGAUGUCAGUCACGUUCGUUUGACAACACGAACACGUUAAUGCUAACUUGUAGGUAACAUCAGGAGCUUUUAAUGAAACAUCUGUAAUUCAGCUGUUAGCGAAAGCGUCUGGGUGUCGAGUCAUGUGACUUGGUGGGCGGUGGUUUGGGCCGCAGCCCGGACUGGGCUUCUGUUCUGUUACUUUAUAAAGAGAAAAGUACAACUGUUAAUUUUAAUGUAUGUAAAUGUGUUUAUCUGAAAAUAUCACAUGCUAUGAAAAUGCUAUGUAGUGACAGUCUGAGACUCUCUCUCUCUCUCUCUCUCACACACGAUGGAGUGUGUCGUGAUUUCGUAUUGUGACUCGAUGACAGGUAAAUUAAUGAUGGAGUCCAUGAACUGUUUCAGCCCUUCUUAAUAUUUGUGUUUGUCUCUUUUGCAUAUUCUUGUUUUCUGUUCGCUCUGUGACAUCAUGCCAGCAGGUGUUUUAUUUUUUAUCAGUUUUCCAGAUAGAUAGAAACCUGAGUUUCGGCCUGUUGCGUGUUAAUAAUUAUAAUAAUGUAUUAAUACAUGCAGCAUUGCCUCAUAUUUCUAAAUGUACAAAUAAAAAGCAAGUACGAAACCAUGCUGUGUGUGUGUGUGUGUGUGAGAGAGGGGCACGGUUCCUGGAUCACUGUCUCAUCUCUUACUGCAAAUAACUGUAUACGACGUUAAUAAAACACAUUUUCAAUGAUGUAAUGAAAUGUUGAUGCAGAAAACAGCGCGUCGUGUAUCGUUUCCGUAGACACGAUUCAAAAUGGAGAUUUACCAACGUGUAACAAACCUGGGAUAAAAAUGUAAAAUAAAGUUCAUCGGUGAUUA